AUGACAAAGAAGAAAAAGAAACCCCCCUUCGCUUCUCAUCUGGUUCCUCGCUACGCUCCUCGUUCGAUGGUCGCUUCUGCUUCAGGGAAGCUUCUCGAAAGAUGUUUGUUCCGAGCCAGAUCUGCACAUUCAGCAAGGAAAAGCUCCGCCUCUUGCCCCCCGGUGAGUCAAUCGUCUCUCCCUGGCCUCUCCCAGGUGAUUCCUCCGAUUCCUUCGCCGGCGCAGUCUCUCCCCGGAUCUGGAUCCAGAUCUCAGGAACUGUGUUUAUCUCCAACCUCUCAGAGCUCCCCGAGCCCUGCUACUGUUGCCUCCCCUGCUCCUUCAGCUACGGGUUCAGGCAGCUCUCCGUCUCGGGCCCCUCCGGUCCCGAACAAACCAAUUUCUCCCACGGCGCCUCCCUCCACAGGGAAGAAGUGGUCGAGUCUCUUUCCUGCUACUGCUGCUCUGAAGAGCUAUGGACCACCCGAGACACACAUCUCCGGAGUCCCCUUCAUCCUUAUUCCGGAUGAAAAUGUUGGAAAGGCAAAGGAGGAGUUCAAGGACUUCAUCUACGCCUCCUUCCCGGGUCACCCACCAGAGAUGGGUAGGAUCAUUGGAGUCAUAAACGCAAUUUGGGCACGGACUGGGCCCCGGAUUUAUGUGCAUAGGAUUGGCCCUGGGUGUUUUCUCAUCAAAGUCUCGAAUCCACGAACUAGGGCGAUCUUGCUCAGUCGUAACCUCUGGAACAUUACUGGUCAUCCGAUGUGCGUUGCGCCGUGGAGCCCAGACUUCACUCCAGAACAACCUCCGCUCACCAAAGCUCAAGUCAUGGUUGAAUUCCGAGGUAUCCCUUACCUCUUGUUCAAUGAUGAUAGCCUGGCUCGGAUAGCUUCAGGAGUUGGGGAGCCGAAAGCUCUAUCUCCCGAGACAGCUCGUAAAGAUACGUUUGAAGUGGCAAAAAUUGUUGUCGAAGUUGACCUGUUUCGUGAGCUGCCCACAACGCUUGUGUCUGGACUUAGCAGUGGGAAGGAAUUUGUCGUCUCGGUGACGUAUCCGUGGUUGCCACCGCGGUGUGGAGACUGCAGUGCUUUUGGCCAUACAUACUCGCAUUGCCCGAAGAGGCCACCACCUACCCGAGAAAGGAGGAAGCCACAGUCUCGUUCCCGAUCACGAUCGCGAUCGCGUAACAAGUCCAGCGCCGGGGCCAAGGAAGGGCGUCGUUCCCGACCUGGGAGGUCAAUGGCUACUCGGUGGGAGAAGAAGUCAACCGAACCCACGCCUGAGACAGUCAUGAAUGAUGAGGGAGUUCAGGUCUCGGAUGAGAGUGAUCCGAAGCCAAAACCGGGCCUAUCAGAGGAAGAGGGUAUGUUCAAACACGACCCGCCUACGGGAGUUUCUAUGGCUCUAGCUGAAGUUUUCAGAGAGAACCCUUUCUUCUUGGUUGAGCGCAAGAAGAGUGGCCGCAAGGUCACACAAAAUCCCUAA